AUGGAAGCAGUGGAAGAGCCCGUCGAUCAGCAGGUGAAACUACCGCAGAAGCGUUUUUAUCGACAACGUGCCCACUCGAAUCCCAUUGCCGACCAUAGUUUCGAUUAUCCUGCUUUGCCAGCAUUGAGCAACUGGAAUGAACUGUAUCCCACUGUUGGCAACCGGUGCGUAGAAUUUGCGGAUAUUGGCUGUGGUUACGGCGGGUUUCUGGUAACGUUGGGCGAAACUUAUCCGGACAAGUUAGCUCUCGGUAUGGAGAUACGGGUAAAGGUGUCCGAUUAUGUGAUGGACCGAAUUAAAGCGUUACGCCAACGACACAAAGGAAAGUACGAUAAUAUUGCUUGCAUUCGUACGAACGCCAUGAAAUACUUACCGAACUACUUCCAUAAACAUCAGCUAGAGAAGUUGUUUUUCCUGUAUCCGGAUCCACACUUUAAAAAGGCGAAACACAAAUGGCGCAUCAUUAAUUCCACGUUGCUGAGUGAGUACGCGUACGUGUUGCGUCCUGGGGGGAAAAUUUACACCGUGACCGAUGUGCGCGAACUUCACGAAUGGAUGUGCAAGCAUAUCGAGGAGCAUCCCAGCUUUACGCGUUUGUCAGACAGUGAAGCCCAGGAGGACAUACUCGCACCGAAGCUGUUGGACAGCAGCGAGGAAGGCCAAAAGGUAACGCGCAUGAGUGGAGACAAAUUUAUGGCCAUCUUCUCUAGGUUAUGA